GAAGGAAGGAAUGUGAGAAAAACUAGGAGUUUGAGCGUGAGCGAUAAAUGGAUGGAAGGUUUUGGAAAGCGUGAAUUUAAAGAUAUUGGCAAGGACAGCUUAUUUAAUGUAGGAAAAAGAGUGCGGAGACUGCCAAACUGCCG